AUGUUCUCUUCCAUGAUCCUUCUCAGCGGCCUUGUUGCCUCAGUCUUUGCCCACCCCACUGUUGAGCCCCGUGCCAGCUGCACCUUUACUGAUGCUGCUUCUGCUAUCAAGGGCAAGGGCAGCUGCUCUACCAUUAUCCUCAACAACAUUGCUGUCCCCGCCGGUACCACUCUCGAUCUUACCAAGCUCAAGGAUGGCACUCAUGUCAUCUUCCAAGGAAAGACCACCUUUGGCUAUGACACCUGGGAAGGUCCCCUGAUCGCCUUCACCGGAAACAACCUUCUCAUCGAGGGUGCUGCCGGCCACUCCAUUGACUGCGAGGGUCAACGCUGGUGGGAUACCAAGGGCAGCAACGGUGGCAAGACCAAGCCCAAGUUCUUCAGCGCACAUUCGCUCCAGAACUCCAACAUCAAGAACUUGAACGUUAUCAACACUCCCGUUCAGGCUUUCAGCAUCAACGGAGUCACCAACCUCGGUGUCUACAACGUCCACAUGGACAACUCUCUGGGAGACACCCAGGGUGGACACAACACUGACGCUUUCGACGUCGGCUCCUCCACCGGUGUUUACAUCUCCGGCGCCGUCGUCAAGAACCAGGACGACUGCCUCGCCAUCAACUCCGGCACCAACAUCACCUUCACUGGUGGUAGCUGCAGUGGUGGCCACGGUCUUUCCAUCGGAUCCGUUGGUGGCCGAUCCAACAACGACGUCAAGACCGUCCGCAUUCUCAACUCCUCCAUCUCCAACUCGGACAACGGUGUCCGCAUCAAGACCGUUUCUGGAGCUACCGGUUCCGUCUCCGACGUCAAGUACGAUUCCAUCACUCUUAGCAACAUUGCCAAGUACGGUAUUGUCAUUGAGCAGGAUUACGAGAACGGCUCUCCCACUGGUACACCUACUGCUGGUGUUCCCAUCACUGAUGUCACCAUCAACAAGGUUACUGGAUCAGUCAAGUCCAGCGGUACCGAUAUCUACAUUCUUUGCGCUAGCUGCAAGAACUGGACCUGGACUAACAACAAGGUCACUGGUGGUAAGACCUCUGACAAGUGCAAGGGUGUUCCUUCUGGAGCUUCUUGUUAA